GGAGACGAUAUGAGGGAAGGUCCUUGCUACUCUCACUCAAUAUUUCCACUGUAACUUCUUGUACUGAUUAGGUCAUGAUGAGAGAACAGAUUAAACGUGCCACAGCCAUUGAGAAUGGAGCGAUAGAUGUACAUUCCUGAGGGGAGAGGAGAUCAGACAGACUGAGCGGAUAAAAGGAGAAGAGGGCUUGUUGUUGAAUAAUAACGGACAGUUAGUGCAAGCAAGUAAUUUUGGAAUGUCACCUGAAAAGACUGGGAAGAUUAUUCAGUAUGAAGAUAUUCAAGAUACAGACUGAUGUUAAAAGCCAUAACUUGUCAGACAAUAUCCACCCGGGGACUGUCUGAGUCACUAGUUCUUUAACAGUCAAAACUCAGAAGAGACAGAGGGAGACAACAGCAUGAGCAAGGAGUUCCUGAAAACUGAAACUGCUUACCAUCCAUCAGAGCUCUGUCUCAACAGCAACAAUAAGUAAGGAUUAUCAGCAGAAAGUGAAAAGCUGCUGUUCACUCUUUACAACAUCUCAGUUUGAGCAAGUGUUUUAGAGAAAGUUUAGGGGGAGAAGACCAGAAACUAAAGCAAUGUUUUUAUGUUAGCCCUGAAUCCAGGAUAAUUGGAAGAGAUCCUAUACACGGUUCUUGCUUUGAAUUGGGUAAAACUUCAUACUUUUUAAUGGACAGUUAAACCAGUAAGCCAGUAACUUUUACUGUGUUUUAUUACACGUUAUCAAAACAGCAGCUGGAUCUUCAAUUUGAGCCUGGGACUGUAUUGAAGCUUUCAAUAAAAUCCAGUUUAAAAAGUAGGCUAGUUAUUUUAUUGAACAGGUGAUCAUAUUUCAGGUUUGAAUAAUUAAAAGGGGCAUUUGAAUCUAUAAAGUCUGUUAGAAUUGAAAACUAAUAAGCUGCUUUAAGAGGAUUGGAUAUUUACAAUUCUUUCCAGAACAUUUUAUUCCAAGACCUGUUUUUGCUUCAACGCCCCUGUUCAAGACCUAUUUGACCUUCCUGCCUUCAUUAACUUUGUGUGUGCUUCAGUGAGUGUGCGGUCAACCUUUCAGACAUUGGCAGCCCCUAAUCAGGAGACUAAUUCAAUUGACUGGAACUAAAAGUAACAGCUUUGUCUUCUCUUGGAAGUCAGACCUCUGAGACUAAGCCCUGCAAAUUCAAUAUCUGACUUGAGUUUAAGUUGGGAAAUUGUAAACUGCUUGCAUCUUAUCAGCAGUUAAGUGGUUAACUACGAGGACAACAAAGUCAAGUUAAGGGUUAAUCUUUUUUCAUGUACUUGAAGUACCGAAUUGGAAUUAACUAGAAACUCUAGCAAGUCAAAAAUAAGACUUCCCGUGAUGUGACUUUACAGGCUUCCUUUUAAAUUAAAAAUAAAUAAAUACUGGUAUAUAUUAUUUAGCAUUUUAAGAUGUGCAUCUGAGAGAAACCGACAGUCUCGACUCAAAAGUGGGAAUUAAAAUAGAAGCACGUCUAAGGAGUCUCGUCUCUGUUGAGCGUGGAGUUGCACUGAAAGUCCAUGUCUGGCUUUGCUUCAUUCUGAAGACAUGCCAGAAAAUAAACACUCUUCAGUCGUCAGAAACAGUGGCUCUCUCUCCAGCACAGCCUACCGGAGGAUUAAGAGGUGCCUGAGCUUUAAGAGACGUGUUUUUGGGCAGAGGCUGGAGGAUACAGUUCAGUAUGAGCGACGGUACGGAGAGCAGCUGGCGCCCCUGAUCGUGGAGCAGUGUGCUAAAUUCAUCCGGAGCCAGGGGCUGCUGGAGGUGGGGCUCUUCCGGCUGCCAGGGCAGGCCACCCUCGUCAAGGAGCUGCGCGAUGCUUUCGAUGCGGGGGAGAAACCCUCCUUUGACAGCAGCACUGAUGUGCACACUGUGGCUUCUCUUCUGAAGCUCUACCUGCGAGAGCUGCCGGAGCCACUCAUCCCCUUCUCCAAAUACGAGGACUUCCUCCUGUGUGCAAAGCUGCUGGCUGGGGGCAAGGAGCAGGGGCUGGUGGAACUCAAGACUCUCUUGCAGCACCUUCCGAAUGCAAACUUCUGCCUCCUACAUUAUAUCUGCAGGUUGUUAGAUGAAGUUCAGUUCUACUCCCACCUAAACAAAAUGAGUGCCCAAAACCUGGCUACAGUUUUCGGACCAAACAUUCUGCGCCCCAAGGCCGAGGACCCUGAAACAAUGAUAGGAGGGACGGCUCUGGUGCAACAGCUGAUGUCAGUGCUGAUCAGUGAACACAGAACGCUGUUUAUCAGAGAGACCAGCAGAGGUGCCCCUAAUGCUGACAGCAGCCCAGCGGGACAGCGGUGCCGAGCCAGGAUCCAAAAGGAAGACCCGACAGCUCCUCCUCGCGUCCUCGAUGGCUCCCAAGGCUGUGAAAUUGAGAACGGCCUACUAAAUGUUAACGGAAUCUGGGCACGACAGCUUUCAUUGCCUUUCACAGCCAGGAAGGGAUCGUCCAGAAAUUUAAAACAGGAAGACCGGCCAGCCAGCUUACAGUCCUGCAUACCUUCUACGGGCCACAGAUGCCAAUCAAAGAUGGAAAACAGGGGGAAUGAAGACCCCUCCCCUGGUGGUGUCAGUGAUCAUUUGUAUGACAGUUAUUGCCCAGGGUUGGCAUGUGCAGUUGGCCAAUUCUUGGAAACUGAAACAGGGAUUGAAACAGGAGCUUCUUCCAUUCCUGCUACAACAAGCUGUACCACAGCUGCCCAGAAUGGGCCUAUUCCAACAAUCACACAAAGCAGCUGGGUUGAUGACUGCCAUGAAGACACUGACAGCUCAGCAGAGCGGAGGCUGAGCGAUCCCCAUGAAAGCACAUUUUCUGUAUACGACAAUAUUGACAUUGCACCGUUACCAACUCCUCCCUCCCCACCACCACCAAUAUCUAACCUGGAGGACAUGACCAGUGUGGGCAGCAUCUCCUGGUCCAGCUCCUCCUGCGAGAUCCUCCUGGAGGAGACUUCAGAGGCUUCCCGCUGUUCUUCUUCCAGGACUGCGGGAGGGGGUUCCAUGGAGCCCAAUCUCUCCUCCUCCCUAUCACUCCGACCCUCCUCAGCACUCACUGACAAUCUAGGGGCAGGAGUUGUGAGCAGUGGGAGCAGUGAAGUAUGUUUGGCCAUGCAGGACAAUAACCCUGGCAAUUCGCCGGCCACACAUUGCCUGCUAGCUGGCCUCAAGCAGCAGAUGGCCAGACAGAAGGCUGAGUAUGAAGCUAAAAUCAAAAGUGUGGAGCAGCGCAAUGAGGAGCUGGAGCUGGAGGUGAAGAACCUGCAUUUGAACCUGGAGCAGCAGAGGAAGUGGUACAACAUUGUGGAGAUUAAAAUGAGGAACGCAGAGCGGGCGAAAGCAGACGCUGAGAAACGCAAUGCCAUGCUGCAGCGAGAGAUGGAGGAAUUCUUCAACACCUUUGGGGAUCUCACCAGUGAAGGGAAGAAGACUGAAAGAAUUGUUCAGAGCUUUUGAAAACAAACAGACAAUCCUUCACGGUCUCCAAAAGGUUUUUUUUUUUUUUUUUUUAAAUGAUUUUAUACUUGAUCUCAGCCCAUAAUCUUGCUAACCUGUAGCUCAAGACCUCAUCACCAGAACACCCAGGCUACACAAGGAGGGCUAAUGAAAUACAGAACAAAGCUUUUUAUGGAACUGCUUUCUCCAUGCAGAAAGGUGCAACACCUAGAAUGCCUAAAAUAGCAGAAUUAAAAUGCACAUGGCAAUUUAUCUCACAGCUGAGUGCUUGAUGACAUGUAAUCACUAAAACCUUGGUAAAUAAGGUGACUGCAAUGUAAUGGGUUUUGGUUAAAUAUUUUACAUAUUAAUAAUAAAAAAAUAUAUAGAAUUAGAAUCUGGUUUGCUCUGGCUCAUUACUUCCAUAAACUGUGUGUAAUCUCUGGUAUUCCCAUAGUACUGGAUAUUUUACAUAUAAUUCAAGAAUGCUUGUGUAUAUAACCAAAAGUGUAGCGUACAAAUCCAAGGGGGUUUAUGACGAGGUUGUAUAAUCAUGCACUGGUGAGACCGGAAUUCUGGUCACCACAGGACCAAAGGGACAUUGUGGCUCUGGACAGUCUCACGAAGAACAAGCAGGCACAUCCCAGGGCUGAAAGGAAUGUGCUAUGAAUAUAGGCUAUACAGUACACCCUUGCUAUGACAUUAUUAUAACGAACCUAGUCCCUGGACCCCAAGUAAAAAAAAAGAAAAAAGAAAAAACUCAACUGU